AUGUUCCGUAUAAAAGAGGAAUGUUCCGAAGAAAUUUCAGACGUUUGCAAUGGUCUUUUGGAUUUGCCCAAGAACAUACCUGCCAUUGCCGACUACGAAUUGGGAAAAGAUUUGGUGUUGCCUUCAGGUCAAAACCAUCCGGCCGGGAAGAAUCGACAAAUUGUUUGGACUGCCUACUUCAACAAUGUGGAGGACUACAAUACCUAUGACCAAUCUGAUGCGCACAAGCACUUUGUUGCCGAAAUUCUAAAGCCGCGUUUGGAACCGGGGAGUCGAGCGGCAAUUCAAUAUGAAGUACCAGGUACCGGUACCAAAAAAUUAGUAUGA